ACAAGCAGCAGCCGUUUCCCUUCUGCGCAGUUUCUCCCGGACUUUGCAGCAUAUCUGAAACCGCCUCAGAAUGCUCUUCGGUCUACUUUUCCUUACGGUGGCCUUGGCAAGAUGCUUAUCUCAAGAACAGAGACUCGCCAAGAAAGAUGCUGUUGGAGAGUUGCCAGCGCCGGUCAUAGUGAUUGACCGCGGCGAUGGAGUGCUGGCCGAAGGGAACUCGGCUCGGAUUGAAUGCAGGACCUCCAGCUACUACACAGGCAGCACGUUUUACCUGAAACGAGAGGGGGAGGAAAAGCACGUGGAAGCGAAGGCUGUCCCCGAUGGAGAAGACACAGUCACCUUCCUGCUCCUCAACCUCACAGCCCAGCAUCAGGGGACAUACCGGUGUUACUACAGCAACCAAAAGUCAGGCAGCUGGAGGAACUCCACCCUCAGCAACCCCGUUCAGUUGACCAUACACGAUGACUCUUUGGAAACAGAGCCUCCAUACUUACAAGGGAUAGAGAAUAAAUGGUUGUUCAUCGGAAUUGGAGCAGGUGGAGUUGUGGUGCUUCUCAUUUUAAUAGCAGCCGUGUGGUGCAUCUGCAGAAAGAAAGCCGAAUCCAGGAGGAAAAAGAACGAUGGGUCCAAUCUUUGGACUGCAUUUGACAGCAACAUCGACACCCCAUACGGAGAGAAUAAUCGCCGUUCCUUCAGAUUCUCACGAGGUCAAGACCCCCGAAUGAAAGAGGAGGAAGGAAGUGUCUACACUGCAAACCAUAGCACUGAAUUUCUGAACGACACGCAGUUCACGCCAAGAGGAUCGCAAAAGAAGCCUUAUUUUAUAACAUUCAUGGAACAAUGAGCUGGACGGUCAGGACUGACGCUGAUGGUAUCUGUGAAAGGCACGAAUCGAUGAACAGAUCUUAAGACAUUCUGUAUGUGAAUUCAGCCUCACAACUUGCCUCAUGAUGGUUCGAUUGACCAUCCUCCUCCGAUGUUUUCUAUCGUUGUGGUGAGCAGUGCAAUAAAUAGUGGCCGAUGGUAAACAUUUUUCGGGUGUUAAGGGAACAUUGCAACAGACAUCCAGCCUGAAGAUAAAUUUCCAUGGCUUAUGCCAUCAUGAUGGGAGAGGGAACAUCAAAAGCCAUGAAAUGACCUUGCUCAAAGCUCUGAUGAUGUCCUGAUUCCCAAAGCCUCUAUUAGUUGUUCAACGCUACCUGAAAAAAAAUGUAUUUUGAUUAGUCAUCCAGGUAAACGUGGGAAGCAAAGUAGUUUCAACCCAGAGGUGCAUAUGAGAAUACAGGAGGCAUAUAAUUAUGACACAGCCGAUGGUAAAGGCUAAGUUGUGCCAAUCCCAGAGGGAAACUUGAAGCAAUGGUUAUAACCCAUUUUUGUGAUUUGUAAUUUUGAGAUGCAGGUUAUGAAUUCAGGAGGAAUAAGACCACUGAGUCUGGUGGUUUUUAUAUAAAAUUAAUUUAACAUUUAUUAAUUUAACAACAAAUUAAACAUAUGCAUAUGGCUACAAAUUACUCCUAUAAUAACUUUUUAACAAAUCCCCAAAUUAAUCACCCCCAGGUGAUCAAGGCAACAGCAACCCAUAGACUUUAAAUAGACACCAGGCGAAGCACAUUUGACCUUAAGAAUUCUAAAUGAGGUUCCUUUGCAAGUUGGUUGGAGGCGUACAGGCGGGUUAUGUCUUAAAUGCCUCUGUCUUACACACAUUAGCUCCUUUCUUUAUAUAGCUAGCUUUCCCUUUGAAUAUAAAUGUUCCGUUGUAUCACUAGGCCUUUUAAACUUCCAACAAUAAAAACCCUUUUUAUAGUACCAAUGUUAUUAGUAAGCUAAUAAAAUAAACACAUCUUUUGGCUUCUUCUA